AUUUCUGUUUUGUGGAGACUGAACUAUAUCGUGAGCGAAUUAUCACUCAUAAAAUAUGGCUCAUACUGUCAUAUCCAUGAAGUUACCCCCAAACAUAGAUCCUACGAAAGCACGUCUUGCUUAUGGGGACCGUGCACUACCCAAACUAAACCGUGAACUCAACAGUCCUGACCUGUUGACGAGACAAAGGGCAUUGAUGUCACUUUGUGAUGUGAUGCACAAUCCUGAACAUAUAUCUGAAGGGUUGAGAGUUGGUGUUGGUGCAAGUUUAAAGUCUCUGCUCAAAGACUCUGAUGGUACGGUGAGGCAUAAAGCAACAGAAGUGCUAAGCAUCAUUGCAGGUCAUGCGGUUGGACGUGAUGCAUUUGUGGAUCACAAAAUGAUUGUACCAUUAUCAGAACUGUUUGAUGACAACAUCUAUCAGGCCAGAAGGAAUGCUCACAAGGCCAUAGAGAUGUGUGUACACAUGAGUCCAGGUACUGAGGGAGUUGUUGAUGCAAAGCUUGUUCCCGUUUUGGUGGGAAGACUUCUCAAAGAAGAGGAUGAGAUCAAGGAACUUAUUUUAGACACCCUACACUACUGUAUGACAAUAGAAACCCAGUCUGCACUAGAUAGUGAAGCAAUGGAGAGUUUCACAAAAUUACUGUCCCACAAGACAGCAGCAAUCAGAGCAAAAGCUGCCAGGGAUGUCAUGGAUUUAAGUUUUCCUCUUGAUGGCAAGGACAAAGCAGUAGAUGUCGGAGCAAUUCCUGAACUGGUGUUGCUUCUUGAAGAUGAUAACACUGAUGCAAGAGCACAAGCUGCUGGUGCUAUCAUGACAAUUACAAUAACAACUAAAGGGAAGUACGCAGCAAUAGAGGAGAAUGCGAUUCCUAACCUUGUGAAAUUGCUAGACGACCCUGAAAGUGAAGUUAGACUCAAUGCUCUUAAGGCUAUCACAACUCUUGCAGAAGCCCCUAUUGGCAGAACAACACUGCUGGCUUCAGUUAAUGAGGUAUCCAAACUUAUUCAGGAUCAUGACAGUCCAGCAGUCAGAAAGGCUGCACAGAUAGCUGUUCAAGUCAUCACUUGGAAGCCGUGAUUGAUUAAUAUCAAUUAAUUUUAAUAUUGGUACAAAAAGAAACACUUGUACUUUAUAUAAAUAUUUUGUAUAUAAUCUCUUUGUAAAGUUACUUUCACGUUGCGUAUACAAUAUGUCUGCAGUCUUUUAAAACAGAAAAAUGCAAAUAAAACUAGUUUGUUAUCGUUGUAAUCUAAAAUUGUUAUUAUAAACAAUAAUUGAUUGAAAUUUGGUGUCACUGAUGUUUAAAAAAUGGCAUAGUUCAUGAAAACUGAAAAGCUGCAUGCAUUAUAAAUUUAAAUAAUUUCAUGAAAAAAAAAGUGAAAAGUCAUUUUGGAAUAAAGCAUGCAAGAAUGUUACAACUGGAAGAACACAGUACUUAACUGAUUAAGGCCUGCAUAUGGUGCCCAAUUAAAACACUGCAGCAAAUACCCUGGUAGACAGAUAUGGAAAACUCUGAGAAAGGCCUAAUGCAUGAAAUGUUAAAUUUUCUUUCUUCUUUCAUGGUAAACUGAUGCUGGUAGCUGGCAAACUCUGAGAAAGGAGGUAAUGCACAAAAUAUAAGUACAGAGCUUCAUUUCUCUUUAUCGACUCCUGUAUGAACCAGUAAACUGUGUUGUAAUACUACUUAAGUGUACAAAAUGUAUAUGUGUA